GCUGCUGCGAAUCGCGCACAGUUUCAGUUUCCGCUCGCAACGUUUAGCUGGCAUCGCGCAUUCUUCGCAUCGUUCGCCCUCGUCGUCGUCGUCAUUAUCGUCGUCAAUUGUCCGAGUCCAGUUCCGGCUCCUCGUUGCGAAUAAAAUCAUGCGAAUUUUCGGCAACGUUUUGUCAGUUGUGUUUUGUAUUUCGUGCGCCGCGAAUCGGUUUUAAUAGCCGCACGAUCGGCUUGGCUUCAAUAAACCAGAAAACUUUUAACGGAACGCUAUUUUAAAUGCUUGAAUUAAAUCUUUGGAAACUUUCUCAAAAACUGUGUUGUUAAUUUUUAAAAUAGUGCACAGAGCUUAGGCUGAUUUUAACAAUCACAUUUAAAUACUGUUAUUAAUAAAAACAAACACUGAUUGCUAACGUAGUGGAAAUUUGAACAAUAUUUAAUUAUUAAUGCGUCUGCGCGCAACGCAUUUAAUGCACAGGCAGCCGCCGCCGCUGGCCUUGGCAGUCGCGGCUGCAUUGACUACAGAGCGGCAACAGUAGAGUGUCAACAACAACAACAAUAUCAACAACAAAAACAAUAAAAACACCAACAACAAGCAGCUGAACAACAAGAACAACAAAAACAAUGGCUGGCGGCAGCAAUGAUACCACGCCGCUCUAUUGCGGCACGGGCACGGAUAAUUUUCAUACGAGCUACAAGAAUAUGCAUGGCUAUGUCUCGCUGGUGGUCUGCAUACUGGGAACCAUAGCCAACACACUGAACAUCAUUGUGCUGACACGACGCGAGAUGCGUUCACCCACAAAUGCGAUUUUAACGGGCUUGGCUGUGGCCGAUCUGGCUGUGAUGUUAGAGUAUAUACCGUAUACGGUGCACGAUUACAUACUGAAGGAUAGCCUGCCCAGGGAACAGAAGCUGAGUUAUGGUUGGGCCUGCUUCAUUAAGUUCCAUUCGAUCUUUGCGCAGGUGCUGCACACCAUCUCGAUCUGGCUAACAGUUACGCUGGCUGUCUGGCGGUACAUUGCGGUGGGCCAUCCGCAAAAGAAUCGUGUGUGGUGCGGCAUGCGCACCACCAUAAUAACCAUAACAACAGCCUAUGUGGUUUGUGUGCUGGUCGUUUCACCCUCACUGUAUCUGAUUACCGCCAUAGCAGAGUUUAUGGAUCAAAUGGAUGUGGAGGGCAAUCUGAUCAGCAGCAUACCCAUGAGUCAGUAUGUGAUUGACUAUAGAAACGAAAUGCAGGCUAAAAUGUCUGUUGCCGUAAAUGCCACUCCCACUAGCCCCACGGCCAAUGUUACGCAGUGGUUGAACAUGAGCGUCUUGGCCACAUCGCCAAUGCCACCAACACCUGUGCCGCCCGCCUCCUUGGUGGUGCGCAACGUGACCGUCUAUCGAUUGUACCACAGCGACUUGGCCCUGCACAAUACUUCACUGCAGACCGCAACAUUUCUGAUCUACAGCGUGCUCAUCAAACUAAUACCUUGCAUAGCGCUGACCAUACUCUCGGUGCGGCUCAUUAUGGCACUGCUCGAGGCAAAGCGACGCCGCAAGAAGCUCACCAGCAAACCGGCGGCCAGCAACGGCACCAAGACUUUGGUCAACGGCAAGUCAGCGGAACGACCGCGCAAGAAUAGCAAAACGCUGGAAAAGGAAAAGCAAACGGAUCGCACCACUCGUAUGCUGCUGGCGGUGCUGUUGCUGUUCCUAAUCACAGAGUUUCCGCAGGGUAUUUUGGGACUGCUGAACAGUGUGCUGGGCAAUGAAUUCCUCAUGCAGUGCUAUUUAAGACUGAGUGACCUUAUGGACGUACUGGCUUUAAUCAAUUCUAGCAUCAAUUUCAUACUCUAUUGCUCCAUGAGCAAACAAUUUCGCAGCACAUUUACGCUGCUCUUUCGACCCAAGUUCCUGGACAAGUGGCUGCCGGUGGCACAGGAUGAACUUGCCGCUUCACGAGCGGAUGGACUGCAGCGCUCUGUGGUCGCAGCGGUGCCUGACAAGUACCAGUCGACGCACAAGCAGCCACAAGUGGUGACGCUUGCCGCCACCACAACGACAAACAAUGCCACCGAAGUGACGAAUCUGUAGCAGCAGCAGAAGCAGCAGCUUUUCUAUCCAAAACCACCAAUAGAGCGCACAUGCAGCCAGGUGGCUGUUGCCAGCACUAUUGGAGCAAAUCCUUUGAAGCGUUGCUUGUCAGCAGCUAAGCUGGCAGCGCUGCCUACGGCACCAUACCAAGCCAUUGUCGUGGUUGUGGACAGCAGCAGCGGUGCCCUAGAUCAUCACCUGUGCGCGCCCAUUGUCAGUGCCAGUUCCACCAAAAGUUCCACUCAUGUCGCGUAGUGUUGAGCACACAAAAGCGGAUAGCUGCUUAUGUAAAUUUAAAAUUCAAUAAGUCUUGUUCCGUGUUUAAACGUGUUUGGUCCAAAUCUACAGUUUACGGUUGAUAAGUUAUUUUGUGGUGCGCACAAUAAACUAUUGCAUAUAUAUUAGGGCAUUUUGCAUAACGUCAACAAUAACCACAACAUCAACAAAAUAUAUAACAAUAAAAAAUUGAUAAUAACGCGCAGCAUUCAUACGCACCGUUGGAUUCCCCACAGCCAUAUGUAUGUAUGACAAGCAGCAGUCCUUUACAGUUCAGAGAAUUCCCAAAAAAAAAAUUUGUUGUGUGCACAUGCAAGAGUACACGUAACAUCGCCCCACCACCUCCCACAGCCACCCCGUGAAGCUGCUGUCAACUGCAAAUCAAACAGGAUGACAAAGCGUACAUAAUGCGCUUAUGUAAGUAUUGGAUUUUCAUUUACAUGCCCCAAAAAAUAGCUGUUAGAGUUGUGCGCGAAAAAAAAAGGAAUUUUUUUUCCAUAGCAACUAUUCAAUGUUGUCGCAGUGUAUAUAUUUACAGCUAUUAAAUAUAAAUAGAAAAUAAUAUGAAAAAAAAGAAAAUACAUAAAUAUAUAUAGUUCUUCAAAUUUAUUUUUCUUACUUAUAUUGGUUUGAAUAUGCAGUGACUGUGCAAAUUUUUGUUAAAAUCAUUUGCGUCAAAUUUUAAAUAGUUGUACUUUUUGUACUUACGAAAUUAGCUUUUGCUAUAUUAAUCGAUGCGCUUUUAAACAAUCACUGCAUCCUUUUUAAGCCAAUAAUAAAAAUAAAUAUAUAAUUGAGUUGAUAUCGAGCGAUUUUAUUUAAAGGCAUCGACUGUUAACGAAAUUACUUAUAAGUGAUAGGCGAAGGCUGCAUAAAACUGUUGUAUAUGCAUACGAAAAAAAAUAUAUAAAAUAUAUAUUGAUGGAAGUGUUUGCUACUGAGCCCCAGCAAAUAUUUUCAAUCAAUUAUAAUAGGUACACAUAAACUUGUGUAUGCAACAUAAAUUGAAUUGUUGAUAAAUUAAAAAAAAAUAUAUAUUAAUAUAAAAUCAGCCGUGCAUUUGAAUAAAUAUGCAGCUCACUUCGGAUGCUUUGUAAAAAGCACUAAAAUAAUAAAUCUAAUAUAAAAAAUGUAACAAUAAGUAGAUAAGUCAACAAAAAUGAUAAGCACUUGGUAAAACAAAAUAUAAUUUAAUUAAAAUGUUGUCAUUUCGCUCGGAAAAGAAAGUAUAAUAAUACAAAAUAUUGUUGUUUGUUAUAAUAGAUAUAAUUCGCUUAUAAAGUUAGUUGCGUAAUUAAGUCCUAUACACUUAUAUAUAAUUUAUGUAAAGCUUGAUUAUUCUUAUGUAAUAAAUGAAACAAAAAACUA